UUCCCGCACGGUCUGUUUUCGCAGCAGGACACAAGUGGGAAUCAAACAUGUCUGGACUGUCAGAGACGGAGCGGCUCGGCUGCACAGAAAUACUGAAGCUCCUGUCAAACAGCGACCUGCUGUCACUCAGUGACACUGUGACCAAUAAGGUGAUAGUUGUGGAAAAUAGCUCAGAGGCCAUGGAAACGAUCCUGGUCUUCAGUAAAAACGCAGAAGAGCUCCUGAGAAGGAAGAAAGUUCAACGGGACCUAAUUUUUAGGUAUCUGGCCAAACAGGGGGUGGCGAUGGCCCCCAUCAGUGACAAACACCAGCUGGUGAAGAGGACGCUGGAGCUUUGGAAGGCCGUGCUUGAUAAAGGACCUCAAGGACUAAAAGAUGGGACCAGCGAGAAAGAGCCCUCCGAGACAGCAUCUGAUACCCUGAACUUGAAGGUUACGGGGGGUUUUGACCCUCAGCUCCUCGGCCAGCAGUUCUGCCAGUGGUUCUUCCAGCUGCUGAACAGCCAGAACCCCUCACUGGGCCAGCCGCCUCAGGACUGGGGGCCACAGCACUUCUGGCCAGAUGUGAAGCUGCGUCUUCUCGCUAGAGCGUGCAGCGUACAGAUGGAGGAGUUCCUGGGUGCUGAACUGGUUAGCCUGCGUCUCCUAGCCUUGACCAAGGAAGAGCGCCUUCUCCUCAGCCCCAACCUGGAGCCCCUUGGUCUCAGGACACUUGCCUCCCCCCAUGGCAUGGUGCUGGUGGCCGUAGCCGGGACCAUCCACAGAGAUUCAGACUGCUUGGGCAUCUUCGAGCAAAUAUUUGGCCUCAUCCGCAUGCCGCUGGAAAAUAACAGCUGGAAGAUCAAGUUUGUCAACUUGAAAAUCAGAGGGCAGGAGGCUCUGGGCGGGACGGAGGCCACGGCGCCUGCUUUGACUUACAACUCCACUGAACUGCAGCUUCUCUGCAGCUGAUGAAGCUGUCACUCGUCACUUGUCUAAAUUGCCCAAACACAGAUGGACACUGGUGCAUAUAAAAACAUUUGCUUUAAAUACACUGUACCUUUAUGCAAAGCGUAUUUUGCGUUGGUGGCCCUUGGCUCUCAUUGAACUAUGUUCUUUGAUGGAGUUUCUGUCUUUUAAAAUUGCUAUUUCAUUUAUCUUCACAGUUCCACGGACAGCAUGGUUUUCCUCUUCAUCAUGCCCUGUUAGAAUCGUCAUCAAUAUGAUGAAUGUGAUUUGAGUAUUGCAUGCUGUUAAAUCACUCUUAUGUUUUGGUAUUGCAUGGGAAAUAUUGUGAUAACCUGCAGUAAUGACUGUAUCAGUAUGCAGCAGCUUUUUACAUUUUAAUGGCAUGGUUUACAGCUGUGGAGUAAAUUGUUGGUCUGUUA